AUGUUUAAGUUACCAAGCAAAGUUAACUUAGCUUCUUUCAAAGGUAAAGGUCAUUUAGCUAAGUUUCCCUUGCGGAGCAGAAGCAUUUCAAACUCUUCGUUACCCCUUUCAUAUAUGACACCAAAGGAGGUUUCAAAUGUAUCAGCUUCUCCUCCAAGACCAAAGAGAAUUGUUGUGGCGAUUACUGGUGCUACUGGGGUUGCAUUAGGGAUUAAACUUCUUCAGAUACUAAAAGAAUUGAGCGUCGAAACUCAUUUGAUAAUAUCGAAAUGGGGUGCAGCCACCAUGAAGUAUGAAACGGAUUGGGAACCACAUGAUGUGGCGGCCUUGGCAUCCAAAACGUACUCUGUUCGGGAUGUUUCCGCGUGCAUUUCAUCUGGGUCUUUUCAGCAUGAUGGAAUGAUUGUGGCACCGUGUUCUAUGAAAACGUUGGCUGCGAUUAGAAUCGGUUUUACAGAGGAUUUGAUUACGAGAGCGGCUGAUGUUUCCAUUAAAGAGAACCGAAAGUUACUACUAGUUACUCGAGAAACACCUCUGUCCGCUAUUCACCUUGAAAACAUGCUGUCCCUACGCAGGACUGGUGUUAUAAUUUUUCCUCCGGUACCUGCAUUUUAUACAAAACCCAAAAGCAUGAAUGACCUGUUGGAACAAAGUGCCGGCAGAAUCCUAGAUUGCUUUGGUAUUCAUGCUGAUACUUUUCCUCGAUGGGAAGGUAUAAAGAUUAAGUAG